AUGAUGGCAAGAUCCGCCUGGUCCUGCUCUUCACUCACCGGGACCCCCACCCACUCACCGGGCACAGAGGAAGCCUUCCUAGCCAGCCAGCAUCCUCAGGCCCUCUUCCAGCGCUCGCUCUCGGCGCCCCCUACCGGGGGUCCCCGGGACGCCUCAAGUGCAGGAAAAGUUCAACCCCAACUCUCAACAGCCAGCCGCAUCCAGCCAGCCCAUCGGGCCGGCGGCUCCCAGGGCCUCUAUACAUCCCCGGCCGCGGCGAUCGGGGCGGCCGCCUGCCUCGGUCUUCCUCCCUGCUUAUCCACAGCGCUCGGAGGAGUUGAGCCCGGGUCCCACCGCCUCCUGGUUUCUCACGGGCGCCGCAGAGCCCCAGUCACCCGACCAGAAAACCUUGCCCCAGGCAGGCACUGCGAAGUGACGGCCACCGGGACCCUGCCCUCAGCUCCCUACCGCGCGAGCCCGGACACGCGCCCGGUGCGUGCAGCGAGCUCCGCCGUGCACCUUAAGGAGGCGUUAGGAGUCCGGAUCCCGCAAGCGCAACCCCGGAACUGUGUCCCCCGCGCCUGCAGAGCGACCCUCCCGAGACCCACAAGACCCACGCGCCAACAACUGCCGCCCCCGAGUCCUGGCCCCCAGCGCGGCUCGCUCGCGGCUGCAGCUUACGACCACGCGGGGACGGGUCUGAGUGCGGGGUGGGGUGGAGGGGUCGCUCACCAGGUGCAAGGCGCGUUCACCGUGCCAGUCAUCCGGCUCCCGGGGGAUCAAGAGCGGCUGCGAGGUUCUUCUUCAGCGCCCGCGAAGGAAGUCCAGGCAGCAGCCGCCGCCGCCCCACGCCACUUCCCUAGAGUUACCCCCAACUCGCUGCUCUCUGGGCUGGAGCGGGGGUGCGCCGGCUCGAGCCCCAGGCGCACGGUCCCCGGGCGCACGGCCGGACCGGAGGGGGCUGCGGAGCCCACCCGCGGCGGGAAGCACAGCGCGCGGGAGCCACCGCAGGGAGAGCAGCAGCCGCUGGCGCUGCCUUCCCUGCGAGAAGAGCGGCGCGGGGAGCCCGGGCAGGGAGCGCGGGGCCGCUUCGCCCCGCCCCAGGCCCCGCCCCAGUCCAGUUAG